CAACUUUUAAUUAUUUCCUAUUGCUUACUCGUGAAUCAUCGAGUAUACGUUUACGUCCCUGCAUACUCGCGAGUUUUUUUCGCGCUUUUUCCUUGGAACACAGAAUAGAGGGAGGGAGGGAGAGAAAAAGAUAGAGAGAGAGGGAGACAGAGAAAGAGAGAGAGAAAGAGAGAGAGAGAGAGAGAGAAAUAGAACGUGUUCACAAGGAAGAAGAAAAUCCGAACCUCUUGAAGAAUACUCUGGAUCGGUAGUAGCGUAGCUUGCUCAUCGAAGACAACGAAGAGGAAGAAGAAGAAGAAGAAGAAGAAGAGGAAGAGGAGACCGAGGACGAGAACGACGAGGACGAGGACGACGAGGACGACGAGGGCGAAGACGACGACGACGACGACGAGGACAACGAAUCCUUCGGGUCCGGGUAUAAGCAGUGAUCUCACUCGUGGUAAUCGCACGCAGCCGGUCUCGAGAGGCUGCCUAGCUGUGCGGGAGGCAGAAAAGAAGAGAGAAAGAGAGAUCUUGCAGAACUUGUAGAGAAGAGAGGGAGAGAGAGAGCAAGAGAGAGAAAGAGAGAGAGAGAAGGAAGGAAGGUAUACGUCGUCGUCUCUUGUGGAGAAGUGGUGGAAGGACUCUCGAGGCGUUAGUCAGAGAGCGUGAGGAGGGAAAAGGAGACAGUGGGAGAGAUCUUGGCUCGAGAGGGAGAGAGAACGAAAGAGAGAAAGAAAAAGAGAGAAAGAGAGAGAGUGAGCGAGCGAACGAACGAGCGAGUGAGAGAGAGAGAGAGAGAGAGAGAGAGAGAGAGAGAGAGAGAAAGAGUUAGCGAGGGAACGAGCGAGAAGGAGAGAGAAAGAGAGAGAGAGAGGGUCGAGACCAAGAGAAGGAGCGGUGGGAAUUUAUAAGGAUGUUCGCGAUAAUGCCGAUGGAGACAGAGGGGCACGGCAGGGAGUUCGGCCGGCGGCAGAAGAUGCGCGCCAAGUGCACCGUAGAGUUCGUCUGCAAGUACUGCCAGCGGCGCUUCACCAAACCGUACAAUCUAAUGAUUCACGAGCGUAGUCACAAGGACGAUGUGACCUUCACCUGCGAGGUCUGCGGAAAGUCCUUCAAACGGCAGGAUAAUCUCAAGCAGCACAGAUGUGGGUGGCGGUGAGCGGGAGCUCUGAACCUCCUGCACCUUGACACAUACACAAUGCACACAAGAACAAUAUCAACAAUAUCAACAAGAACAAUAUCGACAACAACUAUAACUACAAUAUCAACAUCAACAACAAGAACAACAAAAUUACAACCACGCACUCUUCUUUGAUCACCCGCACUCUUUCCGGGCACGAUGAAAGCGCAAGCAACUUUUUACCGCCCCCACGACAUAUCCAGCAUGUGCUAUAUCUUAUUCUUCUAUUUUGAUAUACCUUUAUCUUUAUCUUCUUUAUUUCCUUUACAAUAUUUUCUUUCUUUUUCCUUCUUGCAUUCCUAUAUUAAGCUUUCGUAUCGUUAUUUUAUUCGUCAAUUUAUUAUCGAGUCGUCUACGUAUCUUUUCAUUUAUUUUUCUUUUCUUUCUUCCUUCUUUUCUUCCUUUAUUAUUCCCCUUCUUCCAUUUUCCUUCCUUUCGUUUAUAUCUACUAACACGGCGCGAACAUUCGAUCGGUACGAUCGAUAACGUUAGGAAGAGAAAGAAAGUAAUUUGAGGAAGCAAAAAAUGUUUCCUUCGGGAAUACUUUCUUCAUCUUCCGAUUUCGACGAUCUCUGUUCCAGGAGCAUACACUCUGUUCCCUACAAGGGCUCCAACGGCUACUUAAAUGGCUGUUCAAAUGGCUAUUCUAGGUACUAGAAGCCAUCCGGCCAACUCUGCUAUAUAUACGUAACAAAUUAAGCAUCCUUAAAAUUCGCCCCCACUUUUUUGUUUUUUUUCUUUUUCUUUUUUUCUCUCUAAUGCGUAAGAGACACACCAAGACCUCCUAACAAGACAUACCAAUUGCAAUUUCUUUUAAAAACAUCAUAUCAUUCUUGUUAAUCGUCAAACCCGUUUUAAGUAAAUUAUUUCCGAACAAAAAUUGUUUCCCCUCCUCUUGUUUUUUUUCUUUCUUUCUUUUUUUCUCUUUCUCUCUCCCUCUUUUUCUCUAUUUCUUUUUUCUUUUUAUCUUGACGCACCGUCUAUGCAUCGUUCUUCCUUGUUCCUCAGCUCCAUCCAUCCCGCGCUUCUUUGAUCGUUCUCGUUUCUUUCUCUCUCGUGUUUCCCUUUCAUUUCUUGAGCUUAGACAUCCAGACCUAGGCACAUCAUCAAAAGAAGCUUUCGAUGCCACCAAUAAACCAGACGACAAACCAGACUUUCCUCUGACACUCGACGAACACAACCUUUAGUGAAAAAAGUCGUCGAUCGAAUACGGCCUUUUUAAUCUGUCCAUCAACGGGUGUCCUCGUCGAGAAAAAGAAGAAAUCGAUAUCGAACAAGAUCGAUAUGCCUUCGCUGGUCGUCGGGCCGCUGUUCGAAAGAUGAAUUCAUUAGCGGGCCGGCCAUUUGUCAAAGACAAAGCCGACCCAGCCGGUGAAUAGGUUUUAACGACGAGAUGAAAUCAUUGGGAGAAGGAGAGAGAGAGAGAGAGAGAGAGAGAGAGAGAGAGAGAGAGAGAGAGAAAGAGAAGGGAGGGUACAGCGACACGAUGGAAAGGACUACCUUCCAACGCUAAUAACAAUCCAACUUUAAAGAUGUCUAUCCUUCGAAACGUACAAUUAUGGCGCGAGGAAGCGUGCAUUCAUGAAGGAUCUCGAAUCGAGCUCGUGCUGCUCCUCCGGGCUAACAUUUCUAAAUUGGACUACGUAAUAACCCAGAGAAAGAAAGAGAAAAAGUGAGAGAGAGAGAGAAUAAGAGAGAGAAUAAGAGAGAGCAAGCUGCUGUUGGGUAAGGAGGAUGAGGAGUAGGAGGAUGCAGCACCCUGGACGUACCUACUACUUGGUCUUUUCUCUGUUGGCUACUGUGAACCACGCCCAGGCUUCGGGCGACGUGAACCACGUCGUCGUCCAACUUGGAAAUAUCUGCCACCGUAGUUCAAACUACGAAAUAAUCAUCUCAUAUAACUCUUUGAGAGGAAUAAAGGGAACAUUAUCUUUGACAAACGAAAUCGUUCGGGAACUCGAGCAACGUUGUAGGCCGGUAUGUAAACGUACCUACACACUUGAUGACCUUGGGGACGUAAAACGAGGCGGGUCCACACGUCGCUCAUGCAAAAAUACCAGUCAGCUGGGAUCAGCUUCCAGUGGGUGAACCGUUCGCGGAGUUGUCACCUUCGAUUUCGUCUCCGGAAGACGGGCUCGUUCGAUCGGAAACAUGGCAUCGAACCGAUCCCUGUCGACGAUUUUCUUUUCGUUUCGAUCAACUCUCUAUCUUCGCAGACUUUACCACCAUAGAUGCCAUCGUGGAUCCGUUGUUUUUUUUCUUCUUUUUAUCCUUUUUAUUUUUUUCUUUCUUUCUCUUUUCCUUUCUUUCUUUUUCUUUCUCACAUUACUCUAACAUCUUAUAGUCAUGUCUUUCGCGAGAAGGAACGCCCACGAUAGCACGAGCUGUUCAUUCCGAAGACGAGAUCGUAGAGCUCAAGUAGAGUGAAAGAGAGAUCGUAGAUUGUUAACUUAUAUACGAAGGGAGAGAGAGAGAGAGAGAGAGAGAGAGAGAGAGAGAGAGAGAGAGAGAGAGAGAGAGAGAGAGAGAGAUCGUAGUAAGAUAUUUUUAUAUUCGAUCGUAUAUUCGAUAGUAUUAGAUACUUUUUUCCUCUUUUUUCUUUUUUUUUUAAUUUUUCAUUCCUUUCUUCUUCCUUUUACAACAACGAAUUUUCUUUUUUAGACGAAUAUAUUUUUUUUUUGCGAAACUUUUCUAAUUGUCUACGCACUCAUACAUACAUACGCACGCACGCACGCAGACACACAUACACACACGCACAUUGUAAAAGAAUAACACUUUCUCGUACUUUCUCAAGAAUACACACUCGUGCGUUAGAAAAAGAGAAAGAGAGAGAAAGA